CCGCAGCAGCAGCAAGCUCAUGAGGGAUGGUUUGUUUUUCUACUUAGUUCGACGCGACCAUUCAGCAGGAGUACAUGUGCCGAGCGGAUUAACAUUAAUUAUCAUUUUUAUUGUUGUUUGUUUAAUUAAAGCAACACACCAUACCGUACGGGGCAUUUUUCUGCGCGCAAAACGCUAAACCGAGUGUGUGUGCCCCCCCUGCAAACAGUGUCAGUGGCCACAGUUCGUUCGUUUGUUGUUGUGUGUCUUAAGCGGGGUUGUCUGCGCUCCCGGAAAGGAAAAGAAGAGGGCAGUAAAAAGGGCCACUUUGCACGACGGUUUCGUGCCGUGGGUCCGUGCGAACGCGCCGCUCAGUUUCGCCGCUUGCGCGCCCAGUGAAAAACGGCUGCCAGCGUGUGCUCUCGUGCGUGCACGUUUCGUGAACGUUGUAGCGCGGUGUGUCUCUUAAAGCUUCUCAACCUUCGGGACCCUCUAGUGCGUGCGUGCUCUGAAGCGGUGUGAGAAGAAGAAAAAAAAAAAGAUUGCCCAAAAAACGGCCCCACAGUGAGCAGUUGAACCAUUGCUGUUGAAGUCGUCGAAGGCGACGAACGCACCCUUGAAUGAUCCUCCUCACCGUGUGCGUGCGUGCGUGUGUGUGCUCCGUUAGUGUCCCCACCGUGAGUGAGUGAGUGUACGUGUGCUUGUACCCGUGUGUGUGUGUGUGUGUGUGUGUGUUUAUGUGCACGCGUAAGUGUGGUGAGUGUGGCACGGUUUGGGUGCCUCACCGAGUCGAGAGGAAUUGCUGGACGGCGACGACAGCGUGCGUUCGGUCGUGCAGGAAACCAGACGUCCGAGCGUGACUAGCGCGCACCAUCCAGCAGCAACACACAUAUCCGUGCGAACAGGGUGGCAGACACAUCCUCAUCUAGCCCUGCCAAGCAGAUAAAACACGCGUUCCACAAUCAAUUCAACCAACCUUUCGGUAGCAGGCGAGCAAACCGACCGGAAAGCAGCCCGACAAGUCCUGAAACGGUGCCACGGAAAGGUGCCACAAAAAUCAUUCAGUUAAAGCAACACAGUCAACGCGGACACCGUGCUUUCAUCCUGCUUUCAGUGCUUUAUCGAUGUUGCAGUGAACUUAACGUGCGCUGGUGUUUGUUCCGUCUUGCUUCCAAUGCUGGAUCGGCUAACUUUUCCGCGAGUGCUUACGCUGGUGCUUAUGAUAACAAUCAGUGCUUAAGUGGGUGUGUGUGUGUGUCUUCGUGUGUGUGUGUUCCUGUGGGUCAGCAAGAGCGGUGUCCGCAAGACACCCGCUGCCUGUCACCCGGACACAGGUGUAGAGGGGGUUUUGGAGUGCUUCCGAACGCCAACCCGCCCGCUUACGAUCCAAUCAACAUACACUACUAUCAAAGUGCCAUCACAGCGACGCUGCCUAAAGGCUUAGACGCAGCGCAGCGACCGGAGAGCGAACAAGCCCGUUACCGAACGCGUUACCGCGAACGCCGGCACCGUGAGCAGCUACGCGCACCAGUACGCGUCAGUUGGGGGUCGCUACUGUCAACAACACCCAUCCACCGUGGCGCUCCACUCGACCGAGGCCCUGAUGGCCGGCUUCCUCAAGUCGUCCGAUCUCGGGCCGCACCCGCACGGGUACGGGUCCGCCCACCAUCCGCACCAUGCGCAUCCGCAUGGACCUUUACCGCCCGGAAUGCCUAUGACAUCGUUAGCCCCGUUCGGUCUUCCCCACGGGCUAGAUGCUGUAGGAUUUCCGCAAGGUAUGUGGGGUGUGAACCCGCGAAAACAACGCCGCGAACGGACCACCUUCACCCGGGCCCAGCUGGACGUGCUGGAGGCCCUGUUCGGCAAGACACGCUAUCCGGACAUUUUCAUGCGCGAGGAGGUGGCACUCAAGAUCAAUCUUCCUGAAUCACGAGUACAGGUAUGGUUCAAGAAUCGACGUGCCAAGUGCCGGCAGCAGCUCCAGCACCAGUCCUCAUCGAAUCUCAACAGCAGCAAAUCGUCCGGCGGCGGCUCGACCGGCUCGGCGCGCUCGGGCCAGUCCGGCGGCAACAGCGGACCGUCCGGCAGCCAGUCCGGCUCGUCCGGCGGCACCGGCAGCAACAAUGGCAGCCACGGCGGCACCAAAAGCUCGAUAGUGAACGCGAACAACAAGCCGACGAUCAAGCACACGCCGAUGAACAACAGCCACAACGGUAGCGGGCCCGGCAGCAAUGGCGGCGGCGGCGGCGGCGGUGGUGCGGGCAGCCAGUCGAACCCGGCCGGCCCCAGCCAUAACGGGCCGCUCGGGCUGAGCCACAGCAAUGCGUCACCGAUACUGCCGAUCACACCGUCGACCUCCGUCAGUCCGCCGAUCAACGUGAUCUGCAAGAAGGAGCAACCCUCGUCCUACCAUCACGGGCCGGCCGGUGGCGGCGGCGGCGGCGGCAACGAACCCUCCGGCAUGAAGCCGACCGGGUACGACCUGCUGAAGGACUCGGAGCUCAACCUAGCGCACCAUUCGUCCUCCGCCUACGUCAACAUCAACACGCGGCUAGGGCAGUCGCUCAGCUCGGUCGGCGGCGGCGUCGGCAACGGCCCGUCCGCCGGCAACCUCACGCCGCUCGGGUCGAACUCCUCCAUCAUGACGACGCCGUCGCCCCCGAUCACGCCCCAGACGUCCCACAAUCCGCUGUCGUACGUGCCGAACCACGAGACGUACAACUUCUGGCACAACCAGUACCAGCAGUACCCGAACAACUACAACACGCCGUCCUACUACAGCCAGAUGGACUACUUCCAGAACCAGAACCAGGGCAACUACAACAUGGGCCACACCGGCUACACCACCUCCGCCAACUUCGGGCUCGCGUCCACGUCCGCGCUCGCCGGCCCGAUGGGCUCGCAAACGUUCAGCCCGAACGGGCUCGACUACAUGAACCCGCAGGACAAGUACGUCAACAUGGUGUAAGCGGGCUGGCUGGACAGCAGCAGCGACGACGAGCGACGAUCACAUCCCAUAUCACACAAUCUCCCUCACAAAAAAGGACGUCACGGAGGAGCACACACACACACCGCGGCGACGGAGGAUAACCUGUACCGGCGGCUCUACUAGCUUCAACACACGCCACACAAACACACACACUCUUGAAGAGCUAACACGAGCAGAUCAUAUCAAAACGUCAAACACGCGCUGAGAGAGUGAGCAGGGAGUCGAACAGCGCUGCUGCUACUACUACUCCAACGCCAUUACACAAGUACUCACUACUACACACACACACACCCAUAGCUAGUCCUCCCUGUUGCGGUGCUGUGCUGCGGUGCGAAGCGGAGAACGAUGCAUUGUUCCCCGUCGGAUGAACCUUUACAGCGCGUCAGUGUGACCUCGUCACAGCUCUGAGCCAGGCCAUGGUGGAGCACGGUUUAGGUUUAGGAUACCGCACUACCACUACUACUACUACCACUACUACUACUACUACACAACAGCAGAAGCGCGAUCGGGGAACGGAUGCGAGAAGCAAACCCGCGGCGCGAGAGUAGACAAAUGUUAUAUCAAAUAGUUCAUAUCAGUAUUUUCUUAGCUGCCCGCGUGUGGGCGGGGUGGGGGGGAGGGUUUGGCUGGGGUGAGGGAAGUGGACGAGGUCGUUCUUCUUUUUUAUUUCUGUGCUGUUUCUGUUGGUUACAUGCGCUCUAUUGCCAUCUCACCCAUGACGGUGCGUUCUUCACGAAUAAUAAUCACGAAGAAUAAGGAUAAGAAGAAACUGGAAGAAGAAGUAGAAAACUAGAACCAGAUGCAAACCCGCCCCACCUCUCCCUCCCCAACCACACCCCAGCGCAAUCGAUUUCAGUGCGUGUGUGAGGCCGCCGAUGCCGACCCAAUUCUCCGGAAGUAUCUGGGAAAGUCCGGAUACUCAAUCCAUCCCCUCCUCCCAUCCCAACCUUUCGCCGGAAAAUCCAUUCGCCCCCCCCCACCCCCCUUUUACCUCCUAGGUAUGUAAGGCAAGAAACCAUUACGAAUUAAAUGUGUAUAGGAUGAUUUUUAAAUUAACAAAAAAAAAAAAACCACGAGCAUGAGCUUGAGCGCAGAACUGAGAGCGUCACGGCGGCAAGAGAAAAGGAUGGGCAGGGUUCGCUGCCGCUGUUGGGUGUGAGAGAUUGGAUUAUGUUUUUUUUUCGUUCUUUUGUUUUUUUUUUUUGCAUCGGACUGCUAGCGGCAAGCGACGCUGUGCAAUGUUGGUUCCCGUAUUCGCUCCGCCAAUUGGGAAGGGCAAACAGCCCGGCUAGGUGCCACGGUCCAUCCUUUCGUGAUCUUUACCACUAUCGAAUUCUUGGGGGUGCGGGGGGUGGGGGGGGAGGUCGAGCGUUCGUUGGGGUUUUUUGUUUUGUUUUCCCUCCCCCAGCAGCUGCUGGGUCUCCACGUGCAAGGGCAACAGGGCAAAAGCGGACCAGAAGGCCCUGCUUUUACGCAGGGGCUUUUGGGUUGUAGGCGUAGCGGUAAGAAGCGGAGAAGAAAGAUAAAAAAAAAAUCGAAGCAAAAAAAAACAACAACACUCAAUACGGCUCUAGGUAGUACAUAAAGAUAAAACACACACACACACAUAUACAUAGUUUUUAAUUGCAAAUUAAAAUAUUUUAACUGUAUAUCGUACCACUAUUUAAGUUCGGGUAGCAUGUAAGGUUGUAUGUGUCCGCGGCAGUCCGGACGGGAAAGAGUGCAUUUCGGGUGCCCGUUCAGGGCACGACACGAAGAGGAGAGAGGAAAGGGAGGAGUGGACGCUACUGUCGAAGCGUGGCAACGAGCGCAAUGAAAAAAAAAACACGCUAAAACGAAAACAAACCUGCAAAUGCAAGUAAACAUGACGACAGUAUGUAAAAUUCUCUCUCACACUCCCACACACUCUCUCUCUCUCUCUUUAUCUCACUAGGGAUAGGUACAAUAUUUCCCCUAUAUCUCCUAUCCCCUCAUCCUCAUCAACCCUCACUUUUCCAUUGUACGCGUGAACGUUGUGUGUAAGCGAUAGGUGUGAAUGUGUGACUGGCAGGCCUGGGCAGGAGACGGCAUGGCUUAGUUAUUGUAGUAAACCGUGCGAGUGAGCGGCCGGUGCGUGUGUUUGAGCGAGACGGAGCGAAUGUUAAUGAGAAAAGUAAAGAAAUAAAAGUAAAUAAUGCAAAAAAAAAAAAUCCACUACAAACGAACCCAUGUUAAAUUAAGAAUCCCGAAAUCACGUGGAGAAGCUACUAAGCUACUAAGAAACGUACACACCCCAACACAGAACACACACCCACACACACACACACACACACACACACAAACACAGAUGGGGGAGGGGUAAAAGAGUCUGCUUGUAAAUCUG